AUGACGCGCAGUGGUAUUUCUUUCUUAUGCUGCAUCCUGACCAUGUGUGACGAAAUGGUGGCUCAAUGCGGAAGAUGGAGCUAUUCUUGCACGGUUCAGACGCAGGGCUUUGCUCUGUCGCUCCAUGUCACGAUCUUUGCCCGUAUGAUCCUGUGUGGCUGGUUGGCCGUUUUUUGGUACGACUGCCGAUGGCAAAAGCUGUGCCAGGCCGAACCUGGAAGUUUGUUUGCGGAGGAGUGGGAGGUGGCUGCAGAAGUCAAGAGCAACAGUAAACAGCACCUUCAAACGACGCUUGGCUGGGCGAAAUGGCAGUCAUCCCGGCCACAGUGCGUUUUAUGUGGGGGUCUUCUCAAGGAGGAUCCACCGGUGACGAAAGGGCUGCGCAAGGUUCUGUGGCUCUAUUCCAGUUUUUGUCCACACGCCAUGGGAAAUGAGCUGUGCGCACAUCCGACCACUGAAGUGUCAUGGGUGCACCAGACCUUCUUCCCAAUGUACCUGGUGAAGGUGUCGGAUUUGCUGCAGAUGAGCGGCAGACCCAGAUCCCACGGCUUCCUGUUGCAGGAGAACCUGUUGCACGUGUGGAAGCCAGGCAUGUUCGUGAUCUUCAUCUCGCACCAGUGGCUGUCGAAGCUGCAUCCCGAUCCGCGAGGUCAGCAGAUAGGGGUUCUGCAGUCAGCAUUGAGACACCUUGUGGACGAAUCGCUGCACUUGAGUUUGGAUGGCCAUUGCGCUUUCCAUUUCGACGGCGUCAAGGCAACGGCGGAGCUUCGGUCCCAGAUCCCUGAAGCCUACGUUUGGAUGGACUGGUUUGGCGUCCCGCAGGCUACCUCACAGGAUCAGAAAGCCGGCAUCAACGAAGAUACGACGCAAUCUGAUGCAGCGAAAGCGAUUCAGAGCAUCCCAGGAUAUGUCGAGAGGUCGAAUCUCCUCGUCGCACUCGUGCCAGACCUGUUUCACACGGACACCGAUGAACUUUGCAACAGGAGUUCUUGGCUUUCGCGUGGUUGGUGUGAGGCGGAGUUGCUGUGCCAUAUACUCGCGAACAAGAAGGACACCACGGUGGUCACCAUAAGUGCGUCCAUGUCUGCAGAACUCACUGUUUGCCGUGUUGAGUGGGAUGCUGUCAAAAACAGUGCCUUCACGGUUGAAAGUGAUCGUUCUGUGGUCACUGAUCUGGUCAACAAAGCACUUUCUACCAAAAUUCGGCAUGCGACAGACUCCGGCAAUUUGGCCGUUGCGCGCUACCUUCUCGCUGGGCAGGCUGUCUUUAAUGACUUUGCAGUGAACGACUGGGAUGUGGAUUUCUUUUGCAAUCAUUUUCGUUUCUGUGGCCUCCCAGAAGCUGCUCAACAAGCUAGCCCCAUGACCGGCUUGCUGUGCGCAGUUCUGUCAGGCAACACGCGCAUGAUCCGAAUCCUUGUUGAAGCCGCGGCAGAUGUCCAUCAGAGAUGUUUUAAUCUGCUUGAUGUCUUCCGUCAGCCCGACGGGCACACACCUUUGAUGGUGGCGGCACAUACGAACCAAGAUCCUUCCGUCCUGUCUACCCUCAUCGAGCUUCGCUCUGAUGUGAACGCAACCGAGGAUUUUGGAUUGGUGCUGUCUCAUUUCAUCAAAUCGCCCGGACAAGUGCAAGUGCUGGCCCAAGCUAAAGCCGACAUCACUAGCGGAGGGCCUGUGGGAUCCGGUCCGUUGGUCACAGUUUCGGCGUGGUCAAGCUGUGAGACCGUGGCAGCCAUGAUCGCAUGCAGGUGCGAAGUCAAUGUCCAGGAAGAAUUCUUUUCUCCCCUACACACAGUUUCCACGACCUCGAAGCAACAUGCAGCCGAGAAAGCCCAGCUACUGAUUGGGCUUCGGGCUGACCUCGACAAGAGGGCUUCGUUGUCAGGUGCCUUUGGACUCCUAUGCUGCUGCUCACGGAUGGUCUCCUACAUCUCAGGUUUCGCAUCGUGCUCUGCGCGGACAAAGCUGUUUGGAAGCUACGAAGGUAUUACGCCAUUGGGCAUGGCAGCUCUUUUCGGGGACCAUGCCGUAGUUCGACUUCUUCUGCAAGCUGGGGCGAACCGAUCGAUUGCAAAUGCCCGGGGGGACCUUCCAGUUUCCUUGGCAAUUUAUCAGGGGCACCAGAUGGUGGCGGAUGAGCUCAUGAGCUUCUGA